AUGGGUUUUUUCAACAGAUCGGAGAAGACGCCCGACUACGCAGACACCAGCAUUGAGGUGCUGCACGAUGACCACGGUGCCUCGAGCUCGUCGGCCAACGAGAAGAAGCUCUACGAAGCCAAGGUCUACGACAGCGCCAGCAACACAAACGGCUCCUCGGGGCCCUUCGACGACCACGACUCGGACGAUUCCUCCGCGAUCGACGUCAACGCACACACAGAGAGAGGGUUGAAGCAGAGACACAUCGACUUGAUUGCUAUCGGUGGGUCCAUCGGAACGGCGUUGUUCGUCACGAUCGGUAACGCCUUGAUGAACGGUGGCUGUGGUAACCUUCUUGUCGCCUUUGCCAUUCACGGGUUGCUUGUCAUCUACAUUGUCACCUUGACCAUCGGUGAGUUGAUCUGCUACUUGCCAGUGGAUUCUCCCUUCAUCACGCACGCCGGGCGGUUCGUCGACCCGGCAUUUGAAGUUAUGUGCGGCUACAACUUCUACAUUAUGGUCUCCCUAUACAUUCCUUUCGAAAUCACCUCUGUCAACUCCAUGAUCCAUUUCUGGAGAGACGACUACAACCCAGCAGACUCGUUUGUCCCACAGAUUGUCAUCUACUUGGUUCUUAACGUCUUCGCUGUCAACUUCUACGGUGAAUCCGAAUUCGUCCUCGCCAUUGGAAAAUUGAUCUUGGCCAUCGGCUUGCUAUUCUUCACCUUCAUCACCAUGGUGGGCGGAAACCCACAGCACUGGGCUUUUGGCUUCCACAACUACAAGGGGGUCAACAACGCCUUCCCAGAAUACCUUGGUAGUGGUGCGUCUGCUUUCUGGGCCGCCUACUUGAAAGCCGUCUUCACAGAAGUUGCCCCAGAAUACCUCGGUAUGGUGGCCGGUGAGGCACAGAACCCAAGAAAGACAAUGCCAAGAGCAUUCAAGGGUAUCAUUUACAGACUUUCCAUCUUCUACGUCUUGGGCGCCCUUUCCGUCGGUAUCUUGUUGAGACACGACGAUCCAACCUUGGUCGCCGCUAUCAGCAACGGUGCGGCGGGCGCAAACGUUUCUCCAUAUGUUAUCGCCAUGCAGAAUUUGAAAAUCAAGGUGUUGCCACACAUCGUUAACGUCUUGUGUAUGACGUCGUCCUUCUCUGCCGGUAACUCCUACAUCUACUGCUCCAGUAGAGCGUUAUACGCCAUGGCAAGAAGAGGCAAGGCUCCUAAGUUUUUUACCAUCUGUCUCAAAAACGGUGUUCCUAUUUUCGGCAUUGCUAUGGCCGUCGCAUGGUCCUGCUUGUCAUUGCUACAGUUGGGUGACACCGCCUCCGUUGCUUUGGACUGGAUGGUCAACUUGUGUACCGGUUGCCAGGUUCUUAACUACUUCUUCAUGAUGAUCACCUAUUUGUGUUUCUACAGAGCUUGCAAGGCACAGAACGUCGACAGAUUGACCAUGCCCCUACAAGCAUGGACCACCAAGCUGCAGCCUUACCCAGCCAUCUUUGCCUUGGUCACCACCUUCUUGAUUGUCAUGUUCUUGGGUGCCCAGGCCUUCCUCCCUUCGUUCGACGUCAACUCCUUCCUCUACUACUACUUGAUGGUCUUUGUCGACAUCGGAGUCUUUGUUCUCUACAAGCUAGUCUUCAGAACAAAGAGAAUCAAGCCAGAAGAGGCAGACCUCUUCUCCGACUUAGCUCAGAUCGACGAGCACGAACGCAAGUUUUACGCCAAACACGAAGAGGAGAAGAAGGAGGGGUGGACAAAGUUCAUGAACUGGAUUCUUUAGAUCAUCUGUCUUUCUUCCCUAUUGUUUAUCUCUUACGCUUGAGCAGCUUUUUUAACUUUAUAUUAUCUUUCAAUUCCAUUUCGUUAGCCCUUGUUCACACGCCGUGUGUUU